UGAUAUCGAUGUUGCCAUCGAUAAGUUCUCCAGCUCUAAUCUAUUGUGACGCACGAAAUAUAUUUGAAAUAAAAAGGGGAUUUCGUCAGACAAGUCACAACAUGGUUUUCAAGUGCCAGGAGGACAGCUUUCUAAAGCAGUACACAACAAAAAUUGUAUCCUGCGAGUAUGCCACCAUAGAACGGACCGAUGUGGACGUAGCAACCGGUGGUGAGGCCCGUCCAGUUCGUGGCUUCAAUGUUGUGUGCGAGGACACAAUACUCUUCCCCGAAGGCGGCGGCCAGCCCUGCGAUUAUGGCACUAUUAAUGGCCAACCGGUGCGGAGAGUGCUGAGGAAGGGAAACAUUGCCGUUCACUUCGUGGAGUCCAGCUCGAGCUUCGAGGAGGGAGCCGAGGUGCACCAGAGCCUCGACUGGGAUCGCCGCCUCGACCACAUGCAGCAACAUUCCGGCCAACAUCUGAUCACGGCUCUGUUCGACCGGGAAUUCAAGUACGACACCACAUCGUGGUCGCUGGGUUCGAACGUCUCCCAUAUUCAGCUAAAUACGCCGCACCUGAUCAGCCGCGAGUCCCUGGACCUCAUCGAGCGGCAGGCCAACGAGCUGAUCCGCGAGGGACGGCCGGUCAGCGUGGUGCUUGUGGAUCCAGAGGUAGAUGAAGAGUUUAACGAUGCCCGCGCUCCUCGCGGCCUACCCAAGGACCAUGAGGGCCUCGCAAGGGUGGUGCGCAUCGAGGGCAUUGAGAGCAACAUGUGCUGCGGCACUCACGUCACCGAUCUAUCCCAGCUGCAGUGUAUCAAACUGCUCUAUGCGGAAAAGGUCAAGACCAAUAUCUUGGUCCACUUCGUGGUGGGCGAGCGAGUGCUGCGAAAGCUUGGCGAAGUCUUUCAGCGGGAGCAGCAGCUAACAACGGCCCUGAAGGGUGGCGCGCAGCAGCAUUUGGAGCUCGUCCAGAAGCUGCAGCAGAAUGUGAAGGGCACUCGGAAGUCGUUCUUGCAGCUGCUCAAGGACUUUGCCAGUGCCGAGGCGGAGCGACUGGAGGAUCUGAGCAAGGCCGAGCGUCCCAAGUACUUCUCACUGCAUCGUCGCGACGGCAUUGAGGUUGACUUCAUCCACACGUUCCUGCGCCACGCGCCCGAAGGGAUAUUCUACUUCCUGACAGUGUCGGAGGGCGGUGCAGCCGGCAGCAGCGGCAAGGGUCACCUGGUCCUGCGCGGUGAUCCCGCGGUGGUAGAGGAGAUUGGCCCCAAAUUUCUUGAGCUGCUCGAGGGCAAGGGCAACGGAAAGGCGGGCAGCUUCCAGGGCAAGAUCAACAAUCUGGCCAAGCUGCCAGAAUGCAUCGAGCUGCUCGAGAGCCACUUCAAGCCAAAGAAAUCGAUAGAGCCGAAGCCAGUCAGCGGCUCGUAAGCAGAGAUUCGUUCUUAACAUGAAUAUAUGUACAUAUUUAUAUAUUCUUACAUACACAUAUGUCAUAUAUAUAUCUAUAUAUUAUAUAGCCUAUAUACCGGCAAUAACAUGGUUAUAACAUA